AUGAAACUCGCCCUCGUCGCGCUGGUCGUUGUCUGCGUGUCGGCGACGACGGCCAGUGGCAGUGGUAGCACAGUGCCAACAGUACCGGGAGCGCCUUCGGUCAGAGUGACGCAGCACUGCAGGUGGGAGUCACCACAGCAGCCGCAACAACAGCAGACGAGCGAGGGUAGUCUCGUGUGUCUCCAGAGGGAGCCGGCCCUUUUGCCGGCUCAGCGGGUCAACUUUAGCGAGAUACCCGGCGACGCUUUGACGUCGCUAACUGUGGUGUGCCUCGACGGUGAGGAUGACAUUGGCGACGAGGGAGCCGAGGAGAAGAGAUACCAGGCCAAGGAGGACAGGCGGAGUAGCUUGAGCAUCGAGGAGCUCGGGCACCUCUGGCGUCUGAGGGCCGUCCGCGUCCUCGGCUGUAGGCUGGGAAAGCUCGCCGCGAGGGCGCUCACCGGACUGCGAGAUCUCCGCAACUUGACCAUCCGCACGGACGCCGGUCAGGUCAGCGCGGUCGACCCACGCCGCCAGCGGACCAAGCUGGCGCCCCUGGAACUCGAGGGCUCGGCUUUUGAAGCGGGGGCGCAGCUGGAGAAGCUCGACCUGUCCUUCAACAACGUCUGGCAGGUACCCAGGCACGUCUUUUGUCCGCUCGCCAAUCUGGUCACGCUCAACCUGUCAAACAACCUCCUGGAGGAUCUAGGUGAGCUUGACUUUGGCCAGUACAACCAGCAGGAGAGCAGAAAGCCCCGGAGACUGGACUACUCUCAGCAACAGCAGCAGGGAUGCCCGUUGGACCUGCGCACCUUGGACGUGUCGCUGAACCGCGUGUCGACCCUGGGCUCCCGGGUCUUUUCGUCCCUGAGGCGAUUGUCGGCGCUCAACCUGGCCGGCAACGGGAUAGCCGUGGUCGCCGACGAGGCCUUCUACGGACUGCGUUCCCUGCGCAGCCUGGACCUCUCGGACAACAGGAUCGUGGCCCUCCCGGCCGAUGUCUUCCGGGAUGCAGCCACGUCCCUCAAAGAACUCAAACUUCAGAACAACUCGCUGGCCGUGCUCGCGCCCAACCUCAUGGCCAACAUGCAACAGCUGGUCGCGCUCGACCUGUCGAGGAACGUUCUGACCAGCUCGGGGAUGGACUCGGGCACGUUUGCCGGCCUCAUCCGCCUGAUCGUGCUCGACUUGUCCUUCAACCAGCUGACCCACGUAAACGAACUCAUGUUCAAGGACCUGUACACCCUGCAGAUCCUAAGUUUGAAAUUCAACGAGCUGACAGACAUACCAGCCGACACCUUCGCUCCUAUGAGUAACCUGCACACGCUCGAGCUCUCGCACAACAGACUGAAGCGCUUGGACGCCCAGUCGCUCAAUGGGCUGUUUGCCCUGUCCCUACUGGCGUUGAAUUACAAUCUCAUCGAGGGCAUACACCCCGACGCCUUCAAGAAUUGUUCCAGCAUCCAAGAUCUCCAGUUGUCCGGGAACAGCCUGGACGUCGUUCCAGGUGCCCUUCGGGACAUGGGUAUCCUGAAGAUGCUGGAUCUCGGCGAGAACCGCAUCUCGAGCCUGGAGAGGGCCAACUUUGAAGGUUUGAGCGGCCUGUACGGGCUCCGACUGAUGAACAACGCGAUCGGCAACGUGACGCGCGACGUACUGGCCGAAAUGCCGGCCCUGCAGAUACUCAACUUGGCCAAAAACAAGAUCGAAUACUUGGACCCUGUGGCGUUCCGCGGUAAUCCGAUGCUCCAGGCCAUCAGACUCGACUCGAACCUCCUCUCGGACAUAGACGGCGUUUUCGCCGGCAUCACUAGUCUACUCUGGCUCAACGUGUCGGACAACAGCAUCGAAAAGUUCGACUACAACUACCUGCCGGCCCAACUCCAGUGGUUGGACGUUCACAAGAACGCCAUAACCGAUCUGGGCACAGCCAGCGCCGGGGCCUCGCGGCUGCAAACCCUCGACGCUUCCUUCAACCGGCUGACCAAACUGAGCCCCCGCUCGGUGCCCGACUCCAUAGAACUGCUCUUCUUGAACGACAACCAGAUAAGCGCCCUCGAGCCCCAAACGUUCGCCACCAAGCGCAAUUUAACGCGCGUCGACCUCUACGCCAACCAGAUAGUCCGCAUGGAGCUGUCGGCCCUGCAACUGGAGCCCGUAGCCUCCGAGAGGCCACUGCCCGAGUUCUACAUCGGCGGCAAUCCUUUUGUCUGCGACUGCACGACCGAGUGGCUGCAACGCAUCAACCAUCUGGCUCUCCGCCAGCACCCACGGGUCAUGGAUCUCGAGGCGGUCUAUUGCCGUCUGCCGUACGACCGCAAGCGAUCCUUCGUGCCCCUGCUCGAGGCCAGGCCCUCCCAGUUCCUCUGCGUCUACGUGGCCCACUGCUUCGCCCUGUGCCACUGCUGCGACUUUGACGCGUGCGACUGCGAGAUGACCUGCCCCAACAACUGCACCUGCUACCACGACGAGUCCUGGUCGGCCAACGUGGUCGACUGCUCGAGCGCGGGGUACAAGAAGCUGCCCGGCCGCGUGCCCAUGGACGCGACCGAGCUCUACCUCGACGGCAACGACCUCGGCGAGCUGACCUCGCACUCGUUCAUCGGCCGCAAGAACCUCGAGAUCUUGUACGCCAACGACAGCAGCGUCACGUCCAUUCGCAACUUCACCUUCAGCGGCCUCAAGCGGCUGGCCGUGCUGCACCUCGAGAACAACCGCAUCGAGGCCCUCCAUGGCAUGGAACUCGCCCCGCUCGAGUCCCUCAGGGAGCUCUACUUGCAGCACAACCGGCUAGUCCACAUCGAUAACGCGACCUUCCAGCCGCUCCGCGGCCUCGAGAUCUUGCGCCUCGACGGCAACCGGCUGACCAGCUUCGCCCUGUGGGAGCUGGGUCGCAACCCCUACCUCAUCGACAUCAGCCUCGCGGGCAAUCCCUGGCGCUGCGAGUGCGCCUACCUCGAGCGCGUCCACGAGUGGCUGGGCCCCAACAGGGACAAGGUCAAUGAUUGGAGUCGCGCCACGUGCAGCCUCGGCCUGCCCCUGCUGCAAUUGGCCGCCAACGGGUCGACUUGCGCCGCCCUGAGCAGCGUCGGCUCGGUACUCUUCGAGACGAACCGACCGUUGUCCGAGCUCUACCUGCCGCUACUGCUGCUCCUGGCUACGUGCCUACUGCUGGGGGUACUUGUGGCGGGGCUACUGUGCGCGGGACUCAAGCACCGCCGGGCCCUAAGGACUUGGGCGGUGAGCCGGUGCGGGUUGCGCGCCUGUCACAAGACCGCGGCCUUCGAGGAGCGGGAGAAGCCGUUCGACGCGUACAUCUCGUACUCGGCGGUGGACGAGGCGUUCGUGUCCCGGGUGCUGGUGCCCGGCUUGGAGACGAGUUACCGGCUGUGCCUGCACUACAGGGACCUCGGGGCCGGGGCGAGCGUGGCCGAGGCAGUGGCCGAGGCGGCCGACUCCUCGAAGCGGACCAUACUCGUGCUGUCGCGCAACUUUUUGCACGGCGAGUGGUCGAGGUUCGAGUUCAAGGCCGCGCUGAGGGAGGCGCUCAAGGGCCGGGGCAGGAAUGUCAUUUUGCUACUCGUCGGGGGCGUGUGUCCGCGCGACCUGGACGGCGACCUGAAGAAACGAAUCGCCGCCCACACCGUGCUCGUCUGGGGCGACAAGCUCUUUUGGCAGAAGUUGCGCUUCGCCAUGCCUGAGGUGCCCCCCGUCCCGCCGAUGCUCGAGAGGCCACCCUCGCUGCCCACGCCGCCGCCACCGCCCCAACACCUGUGGGCGUGAGACACGUGCAGACGGUGCACGAGGUGAGUUGCCGUACAUCAAUGUCCAAGUGUAUUCAUAA